GCUGCCAAGGGAGGCGGGGUUCUACCGUGGGUCCGGCCCAACUCUACCUGCGCGUGCGCAAUGCGAGCUUUUCUCGGCGUAGUUUCGGUACCAACAUGGAAUUCUGCGCGGCACGGCAAGCGGUAAUGCAGUUGCUCCGUACGGUGGCUCCGGCCCACCUCCCAGCGCUGCUCGAGUGGAUGCGAACUACCCGAGACUUUGAUGCAUUCACUCAAGAUAAUAAUGACAUUAUGUUGAAAAAUAUAGCAGAAGAUCUUCGAAAUUGCCUACCUCUAGAAACCAUGCUUUCCUCAGAACAUCUAGCCCUCCAAAAAAUACGGCAACAACCAGAACCCACAGUUCACGUGGAUGCAUUCCUUUAUGAUGAAGACUUUAUUGAUUCAUUAUGUGAGGAAGGAAAAAUGAGCAGAAACUACUGCAUGCUCUGUGGCUCCCACCAGACAGCACCUUUAGGAUUUAUUUCUCAUUCCUUCUCUCUCAUGGAGUUGAAGUUCAUUUAUCAUCAUGUACUCCCUGAUCUGUCGGGAAAGGUCUUGGUUGACGUUGGCUCCAGACUUGGCACAGUCCUUUAUGGGGGUUACCUUUACAGCUCAGCUUUGCAACUAUAUGGAGUAGAAUUGAAUGGAGACUUUUGCCAGUUGCAGGAAAUGGUCAUAAAAAAAUACCAAUUCACUGACAGAAUAAAGGUGGUUCAUGCAGACAUUUGUACCCAGGGUUCUCUGCUGCAAAAUGCUGAUGUUAUUAUAAUGAACAAUGUCUUCGAAUAUUUUCUUGAUGAGGCAGAACAGGCCAGAGCCUGGGAAUAUAUCAGCCAUAAUGUACGGAAACAAGGGUCAUUAUUAGUGACAGUACCAAGUCUUGAAGAUUCUCUCUCGGGUCUGAAGGUUAAUAUACAGUUAUCUGCCUGGGUUGAAGAGUUACCUCUGAACUAUGACGUAUGCCCAGAAAAGGAUACUGACAGGGAAGCUCUUGAACAAAUACAUUUAUAUAAGAUUCUCUAGCAUGGAAAAUAUUCUUUUUAAUGUUUUGUUUGAG